AUGCCAGACGCCGAAGAAGAUGACCACGAACUGCUCCGUCUAGCCUCCAACAAUCCAGCCAUGACAGUCCCAGCGAGUCAAUCCCUCAACCAGGACAUAUCUCUACCUCCAUUCGAGCUCGUCCGCACACGAAGCAAGGCCACAGUGACGCCCGCCUCUGACCCGUCCGACGACGCAGGAUCAAUGAACCACUACAAAGGAAUGUCUCCCUCGGCUGCAUCACGACGACAACGUCCAUCGAAAUAUGACGUUGGCUGGCGUCGCGUGGUCCGCAACUUCUCCCCUUCCUGGUUCUCCGUAACAAUGGGCACUGGCAUUGUGUCCUUGCUUCUCAUCACCAUCCCCUUCAAAGCCGACUGGCUGUACUGGCUCUCCGUCUUCUUCUUCGUGCUGAACACGGUGCUCUUCGUGCUAGCCUUCAUCACUUCCUUCCUUCGCUACACGCUCUAUCCGGAGAUCUGGGCCGUAAUGAUCGCAGACUCGACGAAUUCGUUGUUUCUGGGAACGAUACCGAUGGGUUUUGCGACGCUGGUCGAAAGCUGGAUUUUCCUCUGCUGCCCGUAUUGGGGGUUUUGGUCCGUCACGGUCGCGUGGGUCUGUUGGAUGAUUGAUGCCAUGGUCGCGGCCGCAGUUACUGUUUCGCUUCCCUUUCUGCUCAUGUCCCAGUCCCAUCAACAUUCGUUGGAACGGAUCACAGCGGCUCAAUUGCUUCCCAUUGCCGCUACGAUCGUCGCGGCCGGUACAGGAAGCGAAGUUGCCGAGAUCCUCACAGAACCCAAUCACGCCCUCAGCACCCUCCUCAUAUCCUAUGUGAUGUGGGGCAUGGCGACGCCGUUCGCCAUGACCGUCUUGGUAAUCUACUAUCAACGUCUAGCAUUACACAAGCUACCUUCACGCGAAGUAGUCGUUAGCUCAUUUCUACCCCUUGGCCCGCUCGGAAUGGGCGGCUACACCAUCAUGUACCUCGGCCGGGUGUCGCGCGAAGUAUUCUCCCGGGUGCACUUCUUCCACAACCUCUCUGUCGCCGGCGAUGUGGCGUAUGUACUCGGCGUCUUCGUCGCGCUAAUCAUGUGGGGAUUUGGCCUGUGCUGGCUCGUCUUCGCGUUGGCGACGAUCUACUCGACGCGUCCUUUCCCGUUUAACAUGGGCUGGUGGGGGUUUACGUUUCCGCUAGGCGUGUAUGCGAUUAGCACCAUGACCUUCGGGGUCGAGAUGCCUAGCUUGUUCUUCAAGGUCCUAGGCACGAUUCUCAGUGUCGCCGUCGUGCUGCUGUGGUGUGUGGUGGCAGCGGGAACGGCGAAAGGUGCUUGGUCCGGACAACUGUUUUAUGCGCCGUGCUUGAAGAAUCUGAAGAAGGAAGAAAUGGAACCCCAAGAGAAUCAGCCGGAUAAGGAGAAGGAACCUGGAACGUGA